CUGUGAUGUGAUGGCCGACGACGCCAAAAUUUUCUAAAAUUAAAUAUCAUUGGCGGCUUGACUACCGAUCGCAUACUUGAGUCUUGAGUAUUGCUUUUUGUGCAUAAUACUGAACUGUUGGUGUAGUUUUAGUGUCGAAAAUGUUGGGGUCUGGCGACGGCGGCAACAUUGUAAAGCUGAGAGGCUUGCCUUUCUCCACGACCGUUGAAGACGUCCUGGACUUUCUCAGCGGCGUAAACGUACUGAACGGAAAGGAUGGUGUGCAUCUCACUGAAGUGCGGCCUGGCAGGCCCUCGGGAGAGUGCUUUGUGGAAGUCGAGACUCCUGAGGAUGUUGAUGAAGCCCUGAAAAAGGAUAAGGAGAAUAUGGGAAAGAGAUACAUUGAAGUAUUCUCCACCGACCGCCAGGACAUGGAAUGGGCUCUAAAUGCCAUGCGUCAAAGCGAAAACGGCUUCGGCAGUCUCCCCCACGUGACUGACGACAUGGGCAUCGUCAAGCUCCGGGGCCUGCCGUUUGGCUGCUCCAAGGAAGAAAUUGUCCAGUUCUUCGAUGGGUUGAACGUCGCUACUGACGGGGUGCAUUUGCUUUCGGACGCCACGGGUCGAGCCUCCGGAGAGGCCUUCGUACACUUCUCAGACAAGGAGAGCGCGGAUCAGGCGCUAUCGAGGGACAGGGAGAAAAUAGGACACAGAUACAUAGAGGUGUUCCUGAGCUCGGCGGACGAGGUGCGGUCGUACGGCGCGCGCAUGGAGGGCGGCGGGUUCAGGUCGGCGCGCGGGUACCGCCCGGCGCCGUACGACCGCAACGACCGCUUCGGCGCCCGCCAGCCGCGCGGCCGCGGCGGGUUCAACAGAGGUGACAACUUCUCGGGCGGGUUCGGCGGGCGCGGCGGGUUCCGUCGCGGAGGCGGCGGUGGUCACUGCGUGCACAUGAGAGGGCUGCCGUUCAAGGCGUCGCCACAAGAUGUCGCCUAUUUCUUCAAACCCAUCCGGCCGAUGAACAUCAACAUACUUUUCGACAACAGCGGGCGGCCUUCGGGAGAGGCUGACGUCGAAUUCGAAUGCCACGAGGACGCCAUGCGGGCCAUGCGUCGCGAUAAAAACAAUAUGGAUCACCGCUACAUCGAACUGUUUCUAAAAUCGGCGCCAGGUGGCGGCGGCGGCGGAUUCAAGGCCAACCGAAACUUCAGAAAUUGAACCCUAUUGCCAUUCAGUAAGGUCUUUAUUGCCACAUGCGCCAACAAGCAAACGUAAAAAGACCACCGGUAAACGUAACUUUUGAAACUGAACUCUAUUGCCACCCACUACGGUUUAUAUUGCCACAUACAGCGACAGGCAAAUGUACAAGGUAUGAA